AUGAGUCUACAUGAAGCAUCUGUUGGAAUGAAGGUAAUCUGGGAGAGACCAGAAGUAACAAUCGACCCAGAUCAAAUAAUGCCGUGUCUAGUUGCCCAUCCUAUUGCCCGAACCUCGGAGCAAUGGUUGGACGAUUCUAUUCAACCUGGGUAUGACAAAAUCCUACUCAAUGCCGAGGUGGUCGAGAGCUCUAUUCAAUUCUCACCAUUUGUUUGCUCUAGCACAAAAACGAGAAGUGAGAGACAGAAGUUUUCAAGACCAACGAUGAAGGAAUCACCUAAUGUAAAACCCCAGAAAAUCCCUGCUUUCUUCAAGGUCUUCAUUCCAAUGAACAGCUCUGAAAGAUUGGUAUAUAUCUACUGCCUCUUGGCUGCUUCUUUCUUCUUUUAUGAUCUGGGUCUUGGGAAUGAGUGGCGUAGGAAUAGCAGGCGAAAGGGAAGAGAGUACCUGGGAUGCUUUAUAAGCGAUAGACCAAGGGAAUGGGCAGAAACCACACGAUUCUGUAGCCAAAGGGAAUACGCGGCUUCUUCCAUAAGAAUAGAAUCAUGUCCAAAUAUAGAGAGGAGGGGGAAGUCCUUGCUUAGCAUCAAGUGCGAGCCUAAGCGUAGCGGGUGUCGAGACCCUUUGUGGGAGGGCAUAGCACAAUUCUUCUUGGAGAAAAUUCCACUGGCUUUUGCAUUGCACAUGAAAGCUAAUCUCCCGGACAAGGCUUUUCUUAGGGAUUGCCAUGGAAAUCUUUGGCCUGUAGAGGUGGCCAAAAUUGGACGUGACUUAUUUUUCCAUGAUGGAUGGUUGGGAUUUGUUAAAGAUAAUUGUGUGGAACUCGGUGAUUUUUUAGUUUUUCAGUUUGAUGGUAAUUAUAUGUUUGAUUUCAAACUACUCGGAAGAACUGCGUGUGAGAAGAAAGUGACUGGAGUUUUUCAGUUUCGAAUAAAAGAGGAGAAGGAGGAUGAGGAUGAGGAUGAGGAUGAGGAAGAGGCAACAAAAGAAGAGGGAGGAGGUGAGGAGGUGGUGGAGGAAGAUGAUGUUGAUGAUACUGAGGAGGAUGAGGACGAUGAUACUGAGGAGGAUGAGGAUGAAGAAUACUACAAGGAGGGUGAGGGUGAGGAUGAGGAGGAAUCUGAUGAAGAGGAAGAAGUAGAAGCUCCGAGCAAGAAAAUGCCAAAAACAGUAGGUGAAAGUUCUGCUGCAGGCUUGGAAAAGUAUGAUAGCCACGCUCAAUUUGGGCAUGAAAGACUUGCUAUUAUCAAUGCUGGAGCUGAAGCUGAAUCCAAAAGAACUGAUACUUUUGAGACUGUUGAUGUCAAUGAUGAUGAUUAUGAUAUUUUUGGGUCUGGAGUAAUUGCACGGCCCCAAAACCCUUAUUUUGUGGCAAAACUUAGGGCCAAGAGGAAGAAUGAAUUGUAUGUUCCAGUGGACGUGAUCAAAGACCAUAAUCUUAAACUCCGUCCCCAGAUGAUGAUACGUGAUCCAAGGGGGAAGGAUUGGGCUACCAAUGUCUCCACGUGGAAGGAUGGGCGGACAUGUCUUCAUGGAGGGUGGAAAGCUCUCUGUAAAUGGAACAAUCUGCAGAAGCAGGACAAGUGCGUAUGUGAAUUUGUGCAGGGAAGGGGCCGAAGAGGCGUUUUCCUACAGAUUCACAUUCUCCGGGCAGGAUCAUGAUUGACAAAUGAGUGAGUUAUAUGGAGCUUGGAUCAAUGAGGCACACCAUGAUGAUUCUACUUGUAGAAUAUACUCCAAACUGAACCAAAAAGGGAUACUCUUAAGCUGAACCUUGAACUUUGUUGGUCCUCUUUAGUCAUUUCAAAACAGCAUUGGAAUUCAGUGUCAAACUACUUCUUGUUUCAUUUUUAGCUUUGUGCUAUUAUGCAUUUCAUGGUGUCAGUUGAUAUUUUCUCAUGCAACUUUAAAUGUAACAUUCUCUAUUUAGCUGUCCAGCGGUACAGUCCAAACAUUUCCUAAAAG